CCUCAACAAAAACAGACGUGUCCCGUAGGGCAAACAUUAAUUCGAUUUGAGGCAUACUCCAUACGGAAACAUUCCACUCGGCUUGGAGUGUAUCUGUGUAUACAAUGUAUAUACUCCGCACUUGGGGCACAUCCAGUUCCCAGAGUGGCAACCUCAAUUUACCCAUUUCAGGAGUCCCGAUGGCAUAAGCGAAUUCAUCCAUUAAAGCUGCCAGCAGCGUACAUAAAGCCAAACAAUUCCCCUAACUACCCAAAUUGAUCAAUUUCAAUUCACUGCAAAUAGCCUGGGCGUGAUUUGUUGGGGUGGCUCCGGCAGCAGUAAUGUCGCCCCUGGUUGGUAAUGUUGGCAAUAUAAACUUUUUGUACUUUUACGAUACGAUGCUGAGCUGAAACUGUGCAGCGUUAGCGGCAGCGGCAGCUCUAGAAAAUGAAACGACAACGUCCGACGACGACACCUUGCCAAGUAGCUCACUACAAAUUUGUCAAAGCUAAGGACGCAGCUAAAGAAAUCGAAACGAUUUGAAAACAAAAACGAACAGCACGCUCCGAAGCAAAAGUUUACAUAUCAAAUUUCAAGUUUUUGCUGCACCAAGUUAUUCGUACCAUUUUCAGUUCUUAUCAAAAUGUUAUUUCCCGAUUAUUAUCGAGAUACAGGAAUAAUAAUGUACACGCUCCUUUUGAGUCUGCCCAUUCGGAUCGUGCUGUACGCGGCGUACUUGUAUCUGCAGAACCUAAGCGCUUUGCUAAAGAUGAUAGAGUUGGCAUUGAUCCUGAUUCUGGCCGGGGCUGCGAGUGUCGGUAACUUCAUUAAAUGCAGGAUACAGAGUGGCACCGGAAACUUCUUCAUAUUGCCCGAGAUUCUGAUCCUGCGCUUGCUGUUCAUAAUCUACAAACAGCUAAACACCUUGAUGCUGAUUCUCCAUAUGAUAGCCUCAUCGCUGCGUAUCCCGGGUAAUAUGCUGAACCGAUUGAGCAAGUUCUUCCGUGACUGUGCCAAUCGGCAAACCUGGAUAAUGAUGCUCCACCAUGCCGAAAUCAUCUAAAAAAUUAUCCAGUGAGGACCACAAGCGUUCGCAAGUGCAUGAUAUUAAAUGCCCGUUUGGUGGACUCAAAUCCGCACAAUAAUGCCCACUACCUGAUGCUCUCCCGAUGCUUUUGAAGUUGCGAUUCCGGGCAGUACACAAUUCAUGCUUUUGUUAAAUUCUAAACUUAUAUGUUGCAUAAAUUUACAAAGUCUUAGAAACGUA